AAAUUGAUCUGCUAACUCUACAAAACAUUUCAAGUCCCAAGAAACAAUCUUGUAGCUCCUCUGACCGGUCUAGGGCGGCACAUAAAUCCGUCAAAACCAAUCACAUGCCAAAUCAGGCCCGUUCCUAAAAGAACCUUGUGGGGCAGGAAGUCAUGGCUGCCAAUACCAUAAAACUGGGACCCACUAGCCAGCCUUAUUGUCCAAUCUCCAGCUAGAUUCCUCACUGUCACUUAUUAGUCACAUCCCCCAAUCCAACGGCUCUCCUUCUUCCUUCAAACCCCCCCUUUGACCGCGCCAAAGCAUUUUCACACCGAAAGUUGUACGCCUAAAGCCGAAUUUUUUAAAUAUUUUCCGUCCAAAUCAAUUUGAAAUUUUCAAAAAAAAUUAAAAAAUAAAAUAAAAAUACACAAUUUAAUAAUUUUCUGUUAUUUUUUCUCCUCAAACUUCUCCCAUCCUCUCAAUUUCUCCAUUCAAAAACAGCCCCAUUUGCCCAUUUCUUUUUCCCUCAUUCAUUCGAAAAGAAGAAGAAAAAAAAAACUCAGAUCUCAAAUCUCCUGCGAAUAUCAUUUAAGCUUUGAGAAUCAUGGCUGCUGUGACGGCGCGUGAGGAGAACGUGUACAUGGCGAAGCUCGCCGAGCAAGCCGAACGCUACGAGGAAAUGGUUGAAUUCAUGGAGAAGGUCUCGAAUUCGUUGGGCGAAGGCGAGGAACUGACCGUGGAGGAAAGGAAUCUUCUGAGCGUGGCUUACAAGAACGUGAUUGGAGCGAGGAGGGCUUCGUGGAGGAUUAUUUCGUCCAUUGAGCAGAAGGAAGAGUCGAGAGGCAAUGAGGACCAUGUUUCCACUAUCAAGGAGUAUAGAUCUAAGAUUGAGAACGAGUUGUCUUCGAUCUGUGAUGGGAUCUUGAAGCUUCUUGAUAACAAGCUCAUCCCAUCUGCCGGUGCUGGUGACUCCAAGGUCUUUUACUUGAAGAUGAAGGGAGACUACCACAGGUAUCUUGCUGAGUUCAAGACUGGUUCUGAAAGGAAAGAGGCUGCUGAGAGCACCCUCACUGCCUACAAGGCUGCUCAGGAUAUAGCAAACACUGAACUUGCCCCAACUCAUCCAAUCCGGCUCGGACUGGCCCUUAACUUCUCUGUCUUCUACUAUGAAAUUUUGAAUUCUCCUGACCGUGCUUGUAAUCUCGCCAAGCAGGCUUUUGAUGAGGCCAUUGCUGAACUUGACACCCUUGGGGAGGAGUCAUACAAAGACAGCACUCUGAUUAUGCAACUCUUGCGUGACAAUCUCACUCUCUGGACUUCCGACAUGCAGGAUGAUGGAGCUGAUGAGAUCAAGGAAGCUCCCAAGGGUGGUGACGAACAACAGUGAGGGCAACAUGCCUGGAGUUGUGGUUGAGUUCUCCUCUGAUGGUUUUUGAUCGGAGAAGUCAAACCUGUUCUCAUUUCCUGCUUUCAUAUUGGCUUUUCUUCUAGGUGUUAUCUCUGUUAUUGGAGCUACUUUAAAUUAUCAAUAUCAUCCUUCUAGUCUCAAUUUAAUAUUUGAUGGUCCCUAUGGUUUGGUAAAUGCCUAAAUGGGAUAUGUUCAUCUUCUAACAAGGGUGAAUUUCCCUGUCCUUGUUCGGCUUCCAUAUAGGUCACUAAAAGGACCAAAAGCGUAACUAACAAUUAGAAAUGUCUUGUCCUGUGGCUUUGAUUGUGGAAAAUGAAACUUUGGUCUCAUCUCUUAACUUUAGGGCUUUAGGCUCAAUAUCAUCAACGGAACCUGAAAAUGCUCUAAGUUGAAACAACUCGUUUAAAAUUGUUAAAGCUGUGAACAUGUCAUCGAGACACCCUUUGCUCUACUGUUCGCAAGCCAAUUUUAACAAAUGUUCCGGUGAAGUAGCAUAUAUGUAAAAUCAUAUGCGUUCUAUCAUUGAUAAAAAAAAAACUCAGAUUAGUGCAUCAAAAUGUUCAUAGUUUUUGCUGGACUGCUGGAGCAAAUAGUAAUUCUUAGGGGUGUUCUUCAGAAAAUGGUCAGAAGGAAAGCAUUUGCUACCCAGUCAUGCUCCUAUGUUAGAGGUCUGUAGCAGUGGCAACUGGAUACUAGGGAAAAAAAAACACCAUCAAUCAAGACCAAAUAAUAGAACCUCAACCAAAUGCCCCGAUUGACAAAUGACUAGUCAUGAGACUCAAAACCCAGGAUUUGUAGCUUAAAAGAAAAAUCGCCGUGUCCACCUAAAACUAAGACACCAUACCAGGUGACGAUAGACAAAGGGCAUGGCUGUGAAGACUGGCACUUUUGAGACGAAAGUCAAGUAUAGCACUGAUAGAAUAAUAGAGAAACUACCAGGGAACCUUCUCCUAGCUUUGAUAGUUUUCCCAAAGGGAAAAACACAUGGUCAUGGCAUAUUUAAUUCAUCAAGAAGAAACUGAAGGCACGCAAACUCAUUUGUUUAAACCCUCCCCUAUAUAUUAUGAAUGCUAUGGUCUUUGAUAGGAGAAGCUUCACAUUCAGAGGGCUUAGAUGAUGACUCCACCAAGCAGCACAUGAAUGAACUCUUCCCAAGCUACGGCAACACAAAAGUCAGCUUCAAACAAAUUAAACACUAACAAAACGAUUUUCCAAGUUGGUCCAUGCAUAAUAAUAAUGAUACAACACCUAUUUCUGGUUUAAUGAGUCUUGUUCAAAGGCACAGAAUCAGUCUGCAGUUUGCUACACCUAUUUCUUCCAGUAUUACUAAUAUUUUUCACAGAGUCUGCAGUUUUUGCAAGAAGUGGGGACAGCUUUGCUGCUGGUUUUUCAGAGGGAUUGUAAUUUAGGUUAAAAAAGCAGUAAUUUGAACACACAACAAAAAGUAUCCCCUCUGCUGCACAUUAGAAGAAAUUCAUCAUUCCCGACAAAGGAAAAAUGAACCAACCAGAAAAAGAAACUCACACUACAACCAAUCAGCACAAAACAGUAGAAAUCAAUCAUCCAACUGAAGGGGAAAUCAGAAAUGCAUUCGCAAUCCACCAAUCAACAGAGGAAGAUUGAAUAAAAGAAAACUACAAAUGAACUUGUCCAUUUCAAUAUUUCAUCAUGAACAAAGUGCUGUUGAAAAAGUGGACUGAAACAUGAAUGAUAAUCAGAAGCAAUAAUCACUAUAAAAUGAGAAAUAAAGGUACAAUCUUUCAAGUAUUUUUCUUCACUACCUUCAUCAAUUAAAUUGAACAUCCAUGUACAAGGCAAAACCUAAAAUAUAACCACUGUCAACUAGCAUCUUCCUCACUCCUGGUGUGUACAUUUCCAAAUUACAGAGUUUGAACUUGUGACCCUAUUCAUCUUUCUAUGGAAAUUAUAAAAAAAAAAAAAAUGAGCAAAAGAAAAUCCAAAUUUCCAUCCCAAAAUAAGGAAAAAUAAUAUUUCCUAACAAAAGAUCUUACCUUCGACUAACAUUUUUUUUUUUUUAAAUGCCAAUUUCCUUCACAUACCCUUCCAUCUCGGACUUGUAACCGGGAGAGUUGGGGACAACGGCAGCUGCUGGAGACCUAGCUGGGACGGAGAAAACAGCAUGCCCGGCGGCAUCAUGCCGUACGGCGACCUAGGUGACGGAAUACAACCAAAAGCCAACGGCGACGUAGGCAGGGGAGGGAACUGAGGCGCUGCCUGAGGCGGCGGAGGAGGAAUGUUCUGCUGCUGCUGGUGGUGGAGCGGCGGUAGCUGAGGGGGCGGAAGGUUGUUCCACCUGGGAGAAGCAGCGGAGGCGGAAGAGCUCUGGAGAAAACGCAUGUAAGCAGAAAUCGGCGAUUCAGCAGCCGCAUGCACCGCCGGGAAAGGAGGAAGUGGAGACAGGGGUUGCCGUUGACCGGCGAAGAACCCGGCGGUCGGAACGCUACCUCCCGGGUGGUUGCUUAUUUGAGGAAGCUGAGGCGGACGGUUGUUAAUCUGGGCCAGCGGCGGAGGACGGAUCCGCUGCAGCCUUGAGCUCGGAGGCUUAGGUGGCUGAAUAGGAGGCGGAGUAGAAAACCUCUCAUGCGCCGGCGAGCCCGUUAGUCUCUGGACCACAUCCCGGAAGUCAUUCUUGUUGAUAUUAUAAACCGGAGGCUGAUGCUGCUGCGGCGGCGCCUGUUGUUGCUGCUGCUGCUGCUGUGACGGAGCCUGGGCCGGAGCCGGCUGUGUUUGGGGAAGACCCACUUGGGUUUGCGACGGUUGCCCGAGAUUCUCGAUAUUCUGAUUUAAGUUCCGAUCAAAGCUAGGCGACCGCCUGAUGGUGGGCUUAGAAAUCUUGUGGGAUAUUUUAUUCAGAUGUUUUAGAUACACAUCUCUGUCUCUAUUGCUGCCGCUGCCGGUAUUGGCGGUGGUGGUGGCGGUGGCGGUGGCGGUGGAGAUACUUGCCGUACCACCAGUACUAGUAGAAGAGGUAACUGUAGAGCCACCGCCUCCUGAAGAAUGACAAGUAUUUUCCAUAAACACACAGUCACACAGUGGAACAGAGCAGAGAGUCUGUUCGUCCCUUCAAAUUUCCAACUUCCAAACUGUGAACCCAGUCAGUCAAACAGAGAGCCCUUUUACCAUUUUUCUCUCUCUCUAUAUGUAUUUAAUUCUGCUUUCCUUUCCCUAUCUCUCUCUAGAAUUUUCUUCGUGGCUAUAUAUUUUUGUACUUAUUAUUGAUGUGUGUUCUUCUUAUCUCAACAUCCUUUGUUUUGUGGACGUGGGCCCACUGACUAUACUUUUGUUGCUUAAGACAAACGUAAAUAAUACUCAGUGGUAGUACUACUUAACUAUGAUAAUGAAAUGCUGAUUUAUUUACUAAUGAUAAUGCUCUUCCAUUGUUUACUAAAUUUUAUUAUGGUAUUAUUAUAGGAUUGAUGAAACCGAC